AGGGCCCGCAGGGAGAGCGAAUCCGGCCCUGGGCCUUCGGCCGCCGGGACCGAGCUGCCCGGGGGGUCAUCAUCGGGGGAAGAGGGGUUGUGCGAGGACCAGUCGGAUGGGGAGCUGUCCGGUUCGGAGGAGGAGGUCGUGCCCAGGACGGUGCCUACAGCGAGGGAGUCCAGACGAUCGGCUGAUGGGAUUGCUUCCACGCAGCCCGUGGGACAGGUUCCGGGAGUUGGUGCCGGAAGCAGAGGAGCGAGGGGUCCCCUGUCCGGAGUGGCUGUGGCAGAUUCCAUUGGAAUCAUCUCCACCUGGAUUAAAAAAUCGGUGAGUGCGGGUACUUGGGCGGCCUAUGAAAAAGUAUGGGUAGAAUGGAGUAGCUUGGUAAUGGAAUCUGAGGUGCGCCUCUCGGGACCGGAGGUGAGGACGUUGGUGUGGUACUUUUUGUCCAGAAAUAUCGAGGCAGGAGUGUCUCAGUCGGUAUUGGAUAAGAAGUUGGCCGGUUUGGCGUUUUUAUUCAAGUGGCAGGGGUUGCCAGACUUUACAAAGGAUUUCUGGGUGCGCCAGGCUCUGAAAGGGUACAGGAAGCAAGGGCGGCGGCUGGACACACGCCGCCCUGUGUCUUUCGACAUUUUAAAAGGGUUGAUGGAUAGGAUGGGCACAGUGGGUUCGUCCGUUUUUGAAGUUACAUUGUUUCGCGCGGCAUUCGCGCUGGCAUUUUUCGGGGCUUUUAGGAUAGGCGAGCUGGUGAGCCCGUCGAAAAUCGUCCAAGGGGGCAUGGGGGCAUCGGACGUUAGUUGGGCCCCGGAGGGGGUCACGUUGUGGCUCAGAAGGUCCAAAACUGACCAGAGUGGCAAGGGCAGAGCGGUCCAGGUGUUCCCGAUCGAAGGAUCGGAACUUUGCCCAGUGGGGCUGGUCCGGAAAUAUCUGGACAUCUGCCCGGCGGUUGGGGGCACCUUUUUGGUACACGAAAAUGGGGCCCCGCUGUCGAGAUAUCAGUUUGUGGCGGUGUUUAGGAAGUGUCUGGGGGAAUUGGGCCUGGUUGCAAGGGAGUUCUCGGCUCAUUCAUUUAGGAUUGGGGCUGCUACGGAGGCGGCAAGGAAUGGACUAGGGGAGGACGCAAUAAAGAGGAUAGGAAGGUGGGAAUCGAGGAGGUUUCGUUCAUAUGUUAGGCCGCAGCUGGUGGCAAAUUUGCGUUGAGGGAUUGGGAGUUGUUGUUGGGAUAAGGGGAAAUGAGUUAGAUGACUGUUUUGAAACGUGGGUGUCGCUGUAUUGGGGGAUGUGUUAGUUAUUUGUUGUUGCUUACUGUCUUUCAGGUACUGGACCUUUGUUGGUCUGGAUUUUGGGCCACUCUUACGUGGUUCGGGGGGAAAAACGGGCGGAGGCGCGCCCGACCGGUCGGCAACUGGGGAUUUCGAGACAGGAGGCGAGGGUACGGUGGUUGGGGGUCCCCGGGAUGUUAUGGAGCAGAGUUGUGCCGGAGGUACACAAAUGGGCACGUUUGGACAGACCUCCGGAUGUGCUAGUGAUUCAUGCUGGGGGCAAUGAUCUUGGGGUGAGAUCUAUGCUGGAGAUAGCGCGGGAUAUUAAAUUCGAUUUUCAGCGGCUCCGGUUGUCUUUCCCGGAGACGGUAGUGGUGUGGUCGGACAUGGUGGCUAGGACAUCGUGGAGGAUGGCGAGGUCGGUAGACGCGGUGAAUCGUGCGCGCAGGAAGCUGAACAGGAAUGUGGGGCGUUUUGUGCUAAGGAACGGGGGGCUGGUGGUUCGGCACCCGGAAUUGGAGGUUGACCCUUGGCGUUACCUCAGGAGUGAUGGUGUUCACCUCACGGACGUGGGGAUUGACAUGUGGGCUUUGCGCCUAGAGGAGGGGGUACAACAAGCAAUGAGGGUGUGGAGG